AUGGCCUCUCGUGGGCGCUCCUGGCUGGGCGUGCACGAGUUCAACGCUGAUGUCAGAGGAGAGCCUGCUCACUGCGCGGACUGGGGCACACCGCACCGCACAUGCCCGAGCUCCAUUCAUCACACUCCCUCUGCCUCCCCCUUCUCCUCCCCUCCCUUCAUCCUCCUCUCUCCCAGAUGGCUUCCCGUCGCUCCUGGCUGGGCGUGCACGAGUUCAACGGUGCCUUUCGAGGAUGUGCUGUGCUGUGCUGCACAAGAGCACAAUGCACAUGCCCGAGCUAUGGCCUCUCGUCGUUCAAUGGUGAUUUCAGAGGAGCCCCAGCCCCCUAUGGCCUCUCGUCGCUCCUGGCUGGACGUGCACGAGUUCAACGGUGACUUCCGAGGAGGCCCGGCUCGCUUUAGAGUCACAUCUGUCAUUGGCCACGUGCUCAGCAUUGACUUCCCUCCCAGCUACCAGAGCUGGGAUGCCACAGACCCAGCAUCACUUUUCACUGCCCCCACCGUUAAGACGGAGUCCAACCCCAAG